AUGGUAUCGUUAUCGCUGUCGUCGCCGAACGCGUCAGCUGGAAAGACGAAGUCGGACAAGUACUUAGGGAUUCUAACUGGUCGCGACGGGCGUGUGCGACGAGCGGUUGUCAACGCGACGGGAUCAGGGCACGGAGAUGGCACUGGCGGCUCGGGAACUGAUGACGAAUCAGGAACCAGGGACUCAGGAUUCGAUGACAUCACGGCAGGAUCAGGAACAACCGGGUGCUCAGGAUCUGAUGACAUCAGGACUGGACCAGGAACCGCCGGUGUGACAGCAGGCGACGUCGUAACGUCAGGCCCAGGACUGGAUGUUGACUCAGGGCUGGCUGACGUCACCGAAUGGCCAGGGGUGGGUGUUGCCUCCGCUGGCUCGGGGUCUUCUGCACGCACCCCCGGAUCGCUGGGGGCGGGUGCCUGCGGCGUUUGGCUGGCGUCGUUUGCUUCCCGGCUGCGGUCUGAUACCUGUACGACAGGGAGAGACGGAAAAGCGGGAACUUGUCCCGGGUUACGGUUGUCCCCGAUGGGGGUUGGACUGUGCCAACGUUCCGUGCCGGGUUGCGUCGCCCGGGUGGUGUGA